AUCUUCCCGAUUACAGAGCAGAUAGAGCGCGCUCCUUCUGCCCUCUCCGGCUCCUUUACGCAGCCUGAGCAAAAGAUCAACGCUAGAAGAGGUGCCUUCGGUUCUUCCUGCUUUGCCCUGAAAAUAGGAAUCUUCCGUUUUGCUCCCGGAGCAGCACAUUUUCCCCUUUCGAAUUUUUGCCUGGCAACCGGGCCCUCCGCCUAGAUUCCGGGGAAGCAGCGCGGCAAAAGCAAGGUUCUAAAGCGGCAGCCGGGAAGCUCCACGGAGGAAGUGGAGACGCGGGUGGCGCUUUGCUGUUCCCACCCUUGACGGGGAGAAAGUUCAGUAGCUCUUUUUCUACCAGGCCGCUGCUGGAGGGAGAGGCUGGGCCAAGAUGGCUGCUCUCGCUUUGGGCCGGAGUCCGGACCGAGAGUAGCUGCAGCAGCUGCGGCAGCAGCAGCAGCAGCAGCCCCUCCCGCUCCCGUCGCUGUCCGUGGAUUUGCUGCAAAAUCAAUGAAAGGCAGAAAGCCCCGUUAUGAUGGAUCUCUGGUUCAGUUGACCAGAAGAUUCAUGGAUCUUGUCAAAGCUGCUCCAGAAGGAGUCCUUGAUUUGAAUGAGGUAUCUCGUUUGCUAGGAGUACGGAAACGAAGAGUAUAUGAUAUUACAAAUGUAUUGGAUGGAAUACAUCUUGUUCAGAAAAGAUCCAAGAAUCUUAUCCAGUGGGUUGGUUCAGAUAUUAAGCAUAUUACUAAACGGACACCGGAGCAACAGAAGUUAAGAGAUGAACUCUGCGAUUUGACAACUAUGGAAGAAGCACUGGAUGAAUUAAUCAAGGAUUGUGCUCAUCAGUUGUUUGACUUAACAGACGAUAAAGAAAAUGCAAGAUUAGCUUAUGUGACCUAUCAAGAUAUCCAUAAUAUUCAGACAUUUCAAGAACAGAUUAUUAUUGCAAUCAAGGCUCCAGAAGGAACUAAAAUGGAAGUACCCCCUCCUAAAGAAGACUGCAUCAAAGUACAUGUAAGAAGCACAGAAGGCCCCAUUGACGUUUACUUAUGUGAGGUGUCAUUAGAUAACCCAGACGUUGAAGCUGCAGAAAAUACAGAUCAACUUUCAUGCAAAAGCAAAUAGGCUGAUUUGCUGAUGAUGGAGGUAAAUAUCAUACAGGAAGUCAGAAAAGUUAAGGA